AUGUCCAAGGAGCUGAAUUUGAGGAGCGAUGAGGAAAGGCUCUGGUGGGAGAAGACCGGGGUGAUGCUGGCGAGAGUGCUGUCGUCGGCCAGCUACACCCGCGACGAGCAACUCCAAUACCUCCAAUUCUAUGCCCAGGCUCUGCUCCCUCUUCUGGGCCCUUAUCCGCAAUCCUUCCGCAGCUCCAUCACGCGCAGUGGCCUUCCCCUCGAGUUGAGCAUCAACUAUCAGCAACAGGAGAAGCCACUGGUGGUGCGUAUUGGAUUCGAGCCGCUCAACGCCCUCUCCGGCACUCCCACAGACCCUUUCAAUUGCCUCCCCGCUUCAGAGCUCCUGUCCUCGCUCGCCCCACUGCGGAUCCCGGGCUAUGACGAACAGAUCUGGCACCAAGUCAUCCAGGACCACACGGUGAGCCAGGCUGAGCGGGAAGCUUUGCAGGGCGUCGACCUUGAGGCGGGCUACAUCCGCUCACAGACCGCGUUCGGCUUCGACCUGACGAGGGAGGGCAAGGUCGCGGUGAAAGGCUACAGCUUCCCCGCCUUGAAGUGCAAAGUCACCGGCCAGUCCAUGGCCCAGCUGAUGGCCACCUCGAUCGCCAACCUGACCCCUCUCAUCGACUGCUCCCCGGCGUUCGCUACGGUGGACGCCUACCUGCGGGAGGUUGGCUACGACGACCGGUCAUUUUUCUCCUGGGACUUUGUCGACCCGGCCCGCUCGCGCCUGAAGCUCUACACCGGCUCCAACAGCGUGACGUGGGAGAAGCUGGCCGAAGUCUGGACCCUGGGCGACCGCGUCCAGUCCUCGACGGUGGCCCGCGGGCUGGAAUACCUGCGGCAGCUGUGGGAUCGGAUGCAGCUGGCGGCCGGCGAGCGGGAUAUCGUGGUAGCCUUCGAUGACCAGCAGAGCACCUCCAAGGCCACUCCGUUGCUCUGGAACUACGAGAUGCGCGCGGGCGACCCCACCCCGCUGACCAAGUUGUACUUCCCCGUGCAUGGGGAGAGCGACUGGAAGGUGAUCACGGCGGUGGCCGACUUUUUGUGUCACAUUGGGCUGGAGCGCCAUGGUAAGGGGUAUGUGGAGAAGGUCAAGUCGUACUAUCCGGGCAUUGAUCUCACUACAACUGAUCGGUUUACCUCGUGGGUUUCGUUUGCCUACACGGAGAAGACUGGGGUGUAUCUGAGUACUUAUUACCAUUCUUCCACGGAUAAUCCUUGGAAGAUAACGGUCGAAGAGGAGGAACAGGCUUAA